AUUUUAUUAUAUCAUUCUAUUUAUAUAUUCUAAAUUUAAAAAAAUAUUCACAAAGUAACUAGUUCCCAAAACGCUUCGCCGUGGAAAUGUUAAUAAAAUCAGUUUAAAUCCGUAUAUUUUUUGUCUGUGUCUGAAGUGUUCAAUAUCAGUAACAUAAUGUUAUUAUAUAUAGUAUUGACAAUUGCAUUAAAUAAUGUUUUAAUCGUAAAUUGCAAUUGCUUGAACAAUAGAACAAAUUCGUUAAAUGAAAGUUUAUCAAAUUUUACUUACACGUGGAUAAAUGAAACUCAUGCUAAUUUUGUAGAUUCUACAUCUAAUAACAAAGAAGUAGAUUGUUUUGGUUUAGGAAAAACAGUUGCUACUGCUUUAUCAUGGUUUUUUUCUGAUAAAGCUACUGGAUCAAAGAUGUUAGAUGUUCAAUUUCUUUUAUCUUCGAGAAAUCAGCCAAACAGAGUACAAGUGUAUAUUGGUAAACAGUUUGGUUUAGAAUGGACAGAUUUUAAAAUAGAACGUAAAACUAUUAUAAUAGUACAUGGAUUUUUAUCUCACAGCAAUGAGAAAUGGAUCAGUGAAAUGGAAAAGGCAUUUCUUAAAUGGAAUGAUGUUAAUGUAAUAGUCGUGGAUUGGAGUGCAGGAGGUAAUACAUGGAAUUAUUAUAAAGCUGCCAUUAAUACUAGAACAGUUGGAUAUCAAAUUUCAAGAUUUUUAGAACAUAUUACAAAUGCAACAACAGUUGCAUCUGAUUGGGGUACUAUACAUUUAAUUGGCCAUAGUCUUGGAGCACAUAUUUGUGGCUUUGCUGCAAAAGAAUUUAAGAAAAAACAAAGUAAUUGGAUCAUACAUAGAAUUACUGGUCUAGAUCCAGCACAACCAUGUUUCAGAAAUACAGAUUCUUCCAUUCAUUUAGAUAAAACAGAUGCACCAUUUGUUGAUAUAAUUCAUACUAAUGGAAAAUUGCACUCUAGUCUUGGCUUAGGUUUACCAGAGCCUAUUGGUCAUGUAGAUUUCUAUCCUAAUGGUGGACAAAGUCAACCAGGUUGUUUUGAAUCCAACAGAACAUACUUUGGCUAUUUACCUAUUCCUCAAACAUUUAUUCAACAAGCGAUAUGCAGUCACGGUCGUUCUUACAUAUAUCUUACUGAAUCUCUGUUAUUAACUGCUGUGAAUAAUUGUAGUUUCUGGUCACAUUAUUGGGAUUUGACAUAUAGAAAUAUAAAACAAAUAAUAUCUAAACCAUGUAACAAAGAUGUUUGCAUUGAAAUGGGAAUUAAAGCAGAGAAUUAUCCUCAUCGUGGAACUUUUUUUCUAGUUACUUCAGAUAGUUCACCAUAUUGUGUUAAUGAAACAGAAUUAUCAAAAGAAGUAAAGAAACAGUUGAAAAUCGAUUAUAUUAAUGAACUUGAGGAUUAAAAGAGAGAGAGAAAGAGAAAUACAUAAUUUUAUUAUAUAUGUUAUGGGCAGGGUCCAUAAUACGGGCGGGCAUCAUGAAUAAUGACAAACAAUGGAAAGGUCAUAACAUAUAUACAGAUAUUAUUUUCGUAAAUAAAUGCAUUUUUUAUCUUAAAAGUUCUAUUUAUAUAUAGCUUUCAUACUUGUACGUAUCGUAUUUAAAUUAUAUUUUGACUAAUAUUUACAAUUGGCAACAUUUAUAUUACUUUAUAUACAAUUUCUAAUGACAAAGGAUUUAACCAGUUAGCUCAUAGUGCUACAAAAUCAUUUAAAUUAUAUUGCGAUAAAUGUAAAGAAAACAAAUUGCGUAAGGACACUAACAAUUGUUACUGCACAAGUACCUGUUAUAUUCUUAUAACAUGGUUGGUAACAUUAACAUAAUUUUACAUUUUGAGCUAAUUAUGGUUUAAUCACGUAUUUUGUGCGUUUAUAUCGCCGUUUUAAUUUUUAAUCAUUGGCACUUUGUUCCUUGGUAUUUGAUAAAUAAAAAUCAUCAAAAUACAUUGUGUGAUGGAUAACAUCUUUUAAUGUAUUACUUGGACAUAUGUAGCAGGAAAUAUACCAGUUCGUCCUUUGCAUUCACCUAUCCACCAGCCAUCUGCCUGUUUUUGAUGAACAGUUAUUAAGUCACCAGGAUUCAGACUUAAUUCGUCGUUAAGAUUUGCAGCAUAAUGAUAUAUUGCCCUGCACUGUUCCGUACUAUCUGACUUCGGUGUUACAACCGUAACGUCAACGUCUUGAUUAUUGUUAUCUUCUGAAUGACUACUGAAUUCAUCAAAAUCGCUAAAAUCUUCUUCAUCUGGUGGAUUUUCUGAAUUACCAUCACCAGCCGUCCUAUCUGUCCAGUCUCGAUUUUCAGUUUCAUGUCCCUUUACUAAAUGUACGUCUAUUUCAUCAUCAAUAUCUUGUAUCUCAAAAGAUUCAUUCCUUGCCCAAGAAGGAAUCUUGAAAAAUUAUUAAUGAUUGAAUAUAAUAAUUAUAUAUUUAUUUUGUAGAUAUUAUUAUAAUAAUUGUGAA